UAUCAACCUUUAGUACCUUUAUAACAGCCGCAGCGAUAACACGGAUCUGACAAUUUUCAUACACCAUCGAUAGUCCGAAUAUUUAUGAAAUAGAGAUAUUAAUUUUUAUCUCUAUUUACAUAAAGCGUGAAAUAUCUCUAUUAUGUGCCGCAAUUCGUUCAUUUUUCUUCUUUUGAAUGUUUUCCUUUCCCAAAUCGAUUCCACAGCUAUACGGUCCGAGCGAUCCGAACAUUUCCUAUGUGAGAACAAGCAACUUAUUUUAUCUGUGUAUCUUUGUGACGGUGAAAAGGAUUGCAUAGACGGAUCAGACGAACAAAAUUGCACGAACUUUCAACUAAACAGUUCGACGUUUCGAUGUGCCACAGAUGAAUUUCAAUGUUCCGACGGUUCUUGCAUAUCGAUCGAAAAAUUUUGUGACACAAGAUCGGAUUGCAUCGAUAAAAGCGACGAAUAUGUGGGCUGCGUCAAAACAUUAAAAUGCGACAGUUUUCGAUGUAAUGAUGGCCAUUGCGUGAGAAAUGAAUGGGUUUGCGAUGGUAUCCCCGAUUGUCCUGACAGCAGCGAUGAAGGAAAUUGCGAAAAUAAAACUAUACCAAUCCAUGAAUGUAACAACGAAUUCGAUCGAUUCUUGUGCAAGAAUAAAAGAUGUAUUUCUCUGAAUGCAACUUGCAACGAAAAGGAUGAUUGCGGCGAUCGUUCCGACGAAAAUAUCGAUGGGUGUAAAAAGGCUGAUUCGUCCUGCAAAGAAACGGCACAAUGUGAACACCAUUGCCAAAGAACUCCCGAGGGUGCUCAAUGUUCAUGUAAAUCUGGUUACAGAUUACUCAAUAAUCGGACAUGUUCAGAUGUAAACGAAUGUGAAAACUAUGGCACAUGCGAUCAACGAUGCAUUAAUAUUGCUGGUUCCUACAUGUGUUCCUGCCAAGAUGGUUACAUCUUAAGUGAUGAUAAAAGGACUUGUAAAGCUGAAGAUGGUGAAGCUUUGAUGGUAUAUUCCAUGAAGUCUGAAAUCCAUGGUUUGUUCCUUCAUUCUUUCGUAUCUUACUCAGUAGUCGGAAACUUGCAACAUGCUAUAGCUGUUUCCAUGGAUGCUAAUCGUUUGUACUGGUCCGACAUUGAAAAUGGAGAAGAAUCAAUAAUUAGAAGUAGAGACGAUAGUUCCCAGCGAGAAGUCAUUGUUACCACAGGUCUAAAUAGUCCAGAUGAUAUAGCCGUGGAUUGGGUAACAGAUAAUGUAUACUUCACUGACAGUGGUUUCAGACAUAUUGGAGUUUGCAGCAAUGAUGGUUCUUAUUGUACUGUUAUUGUUGAGGAAAGGAGCAGUAAACCCAGAGGAUUAGCUUUGUUACCAUCGAGUGGUAUAAUGUAUUGGACAGAAUGGGGCUUAGAUUCGCGCAUAAUGAUGGCGAGUAUGGAUGGAAAAAAUAGCAGUGUCUUAGUCACAGAAAAUCUAGAAUGGCCAAACAGUUUGUCUAUUGACUAUGCCAACAACAGAUUGUACUGGAUAGAUAGUAAACUAAAAAUAAUAGAAUCAAUUCGUUUAGACGGUUCUGAUCGCAGGACUAUAUUAAAGGGCAUAGGAAUGAAGCCUUUUUCAUUGGCAAUGUUUGAAAAUAAGCUGUUUUGGAGUGACUGGACAUCUAAAACCAUACAGUCGUGUGAUAAAUACACUGGCGAAGAUAGGAACAUUUUAGUACAUGAAAAGUCUACUAUUUAUGGCAUACAUAUAUAUCACUCUGUUUUGAAACCUAAGAUUCGAAAUCCAUGCGAUUCAAAUCCAUGUUCCGAACUGUCCUGCCUCGCUGUUAGGAAGAAGAUGCAUCUGACGAUCGCUGCAGGAAACACGUUCGUAGAUUAUUAUCAUGAACUAUUCGGGAAACCCAAAAUGACAAAGAAUGUCACAGUCAACCACAUCACUGCAGUUGCUUAUAAUCCUAUCACUGGCGGCCUGUUUGCCAGCGAUCAGUCGACGAACAACAUUUUCCACUUCAACGCCAAUACAGGGGAACUAAGAACCGUGGUAUUCAUCGAAGCGGAAAGAUUAGGAGGAAUGGAUUAUGACUACAUUGGAAAUAAUUUAUAUUUAUCGGAUAUAAAGCGUAAAACUAUCGAAGUUCACAGUUUAAACACUAAUGAAAAAACAGUAUUUUAUUUCCAUGAAGAGCCUCGUGAAAUUGCUCUUGUACCAGAAGAAGGAUUAAUGUUCGUCGUUUUUCAUGCAACUGGAAAGUAUCAGAUAAAUCUCAUGAAAAUGCAUGGUAUUGGCCAUCGAGUUCCAAUCGAAGGAAGUGAAAUUCCCAUACUUGGGCCAAAGGUAUCACUAUUUUACGAUCGAGAGCUAAAACGACUGUUUUGGAGCGACCAAGGCACUGGUACUAUUAGUAGCACGGCAAUUAACGGUUUCGAGACCUAUAUUUUCUGCACUGACCUGGCACAACCUGUAAGCCUUGCAGUCCUUGGUGACUAUGUAUUUUGGACUCAGUACAAAUCGAAUCAAUUGCAUUGGAUUCGAAAAAACGAUACGCAACUGUACCAGAAACGCAUCACCUUACCGAUAUCAAAUGAUUUGGAAAAAUUGGAAUUAGUAGGUUCGCAUGGAACGUAUAUAAACGAAAACGAAUGUCGUCAAAAUAAUGGUAACUGUUCGCACGUGUGUCUAGUAUCUAAUCAUCGUUCACACAUCUGUGCGUGUCCGCCCAAUAUGAUGCUUCUCGAAGAUAACCGUACUUGUAGCCGUCAGACCGUGUGCAAACCCGAUGAAAUGAAAUGCCAAGGACACGAUAUAUGCAUAAAAUUCCAUCAAAGAUGCGAUGGCGUGAAAGAUUGUCCAAAUGGCGAGGAUGAAUCAAGCAUAUGCAACGAAUUCAAUUUAUCAAGCUGUAAAGAAGAUGGUCAAUUUCGUUGCAAAAACGGGAAAUGCAUAAACAUGACCAGGCGCUGCAAUUGUCGUUACGAUUGUUCAGAUCGAUCAGACGAAGAGGACUGCGAUAAAAAAGGAUGCAACUCCAGUAAAUCCAAAAAUUUGUUCAAUAUUAUUUACAACAUCUUAAUUGUCUACAACAAUAGGACUAUCACUAUUAUGAGCCAUAAUUUAUUUAUAUUUCUUCUUCUGAACGGUCUAAUUUCUUACAUCGAGUCUACAGUUACACUUUGCGAGCAGCCGGAAUGGUUCUUAUGCGAAAACAAGAAAUGCGUUUCACAUUCGUUCCAAUGUGACGGUGAAAACGAUUGCGGUGACGAAUCCGACGAAAGAGAUUGCUACGGCUUCAAACACAACUUGAUUCGAUGUGCCACAGAUGAAUUUCAAUGUUCCGAUAAAUCCUGUAUACCGAUUGAAAAAUUCUGCGAUGCAAGAUCGGAUUGUAACGACAAUAGCGACGAAUAUGUGGGUUGCGUAAAAGAAUUAACAUGCGACAAUUUUCGAUGCAAUGAUGGCCAUUGCGUAAGGAAUGAAUGGGUUUGCGAUGGUGUCCCAGAUUGUCCUGACAACAGCGAUGAAAGAAAUUGCGAAAAUAAAACUAUACCAAUCCAUGAAUGUAACAACGAAUUCGAUCGAUUCUUGUGCAAGAAUAAAAGAUGUAUUUCUCUGAAUGCAACUUGCAACGAAAAGGAUGAUUGCGGCGAUCGUUCCGACGAAAAUAUCGAUGGGUGUAAAAAGGCUGAUUCGUCCUGCAAAGAAACGGCACAAUGUGAACACCAUUGCCAAAGAACUCCCGAGGGUGCUCAAUGUUCAUGUAAAUCUGGUUACAGAUUACUCAAUAAUCGGACAUGUUCAGAUGUAAACGAAUGUGAAAACUAUGGCACAUGUGAUCAACGAUGCAUCAAUAAUCCUGGUUCCUACAUGUGUUUCUGCCAAGAUGGUUACAUCUUAAGUGAUGAUAAAAGGACUUGUAAAGCUGAAGGUGGUGAAGCUUUGAUGGUGUUUUCUCUAAAGACUGAAAUCCAUGGCUUGUACCUUAAUUCUCGGGUAUAUUUCCCAGUAACUCAAAAUUUGCGACAUGCUGUAGCUGUUUCCGUGGAUGCGGAUCAUGUGUAUUGGUCUGACAUUGAAAAUGGACAAGAAUCGAUAAUUAAAAGUAGAGAAGAUGGAUCCCAGCAUGAGGUGAUCGUUACCACAGGUCUAGAUGGUCCAGAUGAUAUCGCAGUGGAUUGGGUAACAGAUAAUGUAUACUUCACUGACAGUGGUUUCAGACAUAUUGGAGUCUGCAGCAAUGAUGGUUCUUAUUGUACUGUUAUUGUUGAGGAAAGGAGCAAUAAACCCAGUGGAUUAGCUUUGUUACCAUCGAGUGGUAUAAUGUACUGGACAGAAUGGGGCUUAGAUUCGCGCAUAAUGAUGGCGAGUAUGGAUGGAAAAAAUGACAGUGUGUUAGUCGCAGAAAAUUUAGAAUGGCCAACCAGUUUGUCUAUUGACUAUGCCAACAACCGAUUGUACUGGAUAGAUAGUAAAGUAAAAGUAAUUGAAUCAAUUCGUUUGGACGGUUCUGAUCGAAGGACUAUAUUAAAGGGCAUAGCAAAGAAACCAUUUUCACUAGCAGUGUUUGAAAAUAAAUUGUACUGGAGUGACUGGAUAUCCAGUACCAUACAGUCGUGUGAUAAAUUCACUGGCAAAAAUUGGACAAUUUUACAAGAUGCAAACAGCACUAUAUAUGGUAUACAUAUAUAUCACUCUGUUUUAAAACCCAAGAUUCCAAAUCCAUGCAAUUCGAAACCGUGUUCACAAUUGUGUCUAUUGAAUUCAGAAAGUGGAUAUUCUUGUGCGUGCACGUUGGAUAAGAAACUAUCGUCUGAUCAGCAGACAUGUCGCGCCGUUGAAAAGAAGAUGCAUCUAAUGAUCGCUGCAGGAAACACGUUUGUAGACUAUUAUCAUGAAUUAUUGGGAAAACCUAAAAUGACAGCAAGUGUCACAUUAAAACACGUUACUGCAGUUACUUCGAAUCCUUUAACUGGUGGCCUGAUCGCGAGCGAUCAAUUGACGGACAACAUUUUUCAUUUCAACAUCAAUACUGGAGAAGUGAAAUCCAUGAUGUCCAUCGAGAACGCGAUAUUGGGAGGAAUGGAUUUUGACUACAUUGGGAAUAAUCUAUAUCUAUCGGAUAUAAAACAGAAAACUAUCGAAGUUCAUAGUCUAAGUACUAAGGAAAAAACAAUUUUUUACUUCUACGAGGAGCCUCAUGCAAUUGCUCUCGUGCCAGAAGAAAGAUUAAUGUUCGUCGUUUUUCGUAUGAACGAAAAGUAUCGCAUAGAUCGAAUGAAACUGCAUGGGAUCGGACCCAGAGUCCCAAUCGAAGGAAAUAAAGCACCUUUGUUCGGGCCCAAAGUAUCAUUGUGUUACGACAGAGAUUUGAAACAAUUGUUUUGGAGCGACCAAGGUACUGGUCGUAUCGGUAUUACAUCAAUUAACGGUUCCGAGACUUACAUAAUCCGUACUGGAUUGUCAGAACCAGUAAGUCUUGCAGUCCUUGGUGACUAUGUAUUCUGGACUCAGUACAAGUCGAACCAAUUGUAUUGGACUAGUAAACGUAACACAGAGCAUUAUCAGAAACACAUAGCGUUACGCACGCCGAACGAUUUGGAGAAAUUGGAAUUAGUAGGUUUACACGGAACGUAUGUAAACGAACACGAAUGUCGCAGAAAUAAUGGAAACUGUUCCCACGUGUGUCUACCAUUUAAUGAUCGUGCCCACAUCUGUGCGUGUCCACCCGACAUGAUGCUCCUCGAAGAUAACCGAACUUGUAGUCCUCAAACCGCGUGCAAUCCGGGCGAAAUAAAAUGCCGAGAACACAACAUAUGCAUACAAUUCCAUCAAAGAUGCGAUGGCAUGCAAGACUGUCCAAACGGCGAGGAUGAAUCAAGCAUAUGCGACGAAUUUAAAGUGUCGAACUGUAAAGAAGACAAUCAAUUCCAAUGCAAAAACGGGGAAUGCAUAAGCAUGAACGGGCGUUGCAAUUCCCAUUACGAGUGCUCAGAUCAAUCGGACGAAGAGGGCUGCGAUAAAAAAGAAUGUGACUCUGAUGAAUUUCAAUGUCAUGAGGGUUCAUGUAUAUCGAAAUAUCUCUUGUGCAACGGCGGAAACGAUUGUUCUGAUUUUUCCGACGAGAUCAAUUGCGGCAAACAUACGUGUGACACAGAUAGUUUCACGUGCGACGGUGGAUCAUGUAUUCCUAAAACAUGGAAAUGUGAUGGCGAGGUUGACUGUCCGGACGGAUCCGACGAAAGUGAAACAUGCCAGAGGAAGUCAUGUCCACACGAUAUGUUCACGUGUUCCAAUGGUCGUUGUAUUAAUGUCGCCUUAAAAUGCAAUACAGUCAACGAUUGCGAGGAUCAUAGUGAUGAAUACUAUUGCACGGAGAACAGAAAGAAUAACUUUGUCAAUUGUACUGCAGAUGAAUACAGAUGCUACAGUACGGAUACAUGUAUUCCAAAGGCAGCAAAGUGUAACGGCGUUCCAGAGUGUCCGAAACACGAUGACGAACGUAAUUGCGCUAUAUGCGAAAAGGGAGAAUACUCUUGUGACAAUCAGAAAUGCAUCGAUGAAACCUGGGUAUGCGAUCACGCUGAUGACUGCGGGGAUGGAUCCGAUGAAAGAGAUUGCGACGGUGGUAAUUUAGGAAAGACCAGUGUCAGCACUGUGUCUAAUUGCAAAGAAUUCAGGUGUUCCAAUGGAGUUUGCCUACCCUUUGAAAAGGUUUGCGACGGAACGGUGGACUGUUUAGAUCAAAGCGACGAAUUUGGAAAAUGUGCACUCUCGUGUGAAAAACAGAAUCCCUGUGAAUAUUUAUGCCAUAAAACACCAGCGGGUCCAAUCUGCGGUUGUCGAACCGGAUAUCAAUUGAGCUAUGAUUUAAAAUCGUGCACUGACAUUAAUGAAUGUGAGCUCGACGUCUGCUCGCAAGUUUGUCGUAAUACCGUUGGAUCUUUCAUUUGCUCCUGUCACGAAGGAUAUGUACUCCGGAGGGACAAGACUUCUUGUAAAGUAUCUGGGCCACAAAUGGAAAUAAUUUCUGUGACUGGGAGUGAUAUUAGAAAGUUGUCACCAAGCUUCAGUACAAUUGACGUUGUCUAUGAGGAAUUAAGUUCUGAUAUCUCUGGCAUCGAUGUGAACGCAAAAGAGGGGACUAUCUAUUGGAGUAAUGAUAUGUUAGGUAUGAUCAAUAAACUGCAUAUAGAGAGCAAAACACGAAAAACUGUCACCGGUCUUGGGAGACCGGAAGCUCUCGCUGUUGACUGGAUUACUGAUAAUGUGUAUUUUAAUGACAACGACCACAUAAGCAGCAUUAAGGUGUGCAAUUUAGAACAACAGAAAUGUGCUAAACUAAUCAACAUUGGGCCACGAAUUAAAGCUAUGUCUAUUGUUGUCCACCCAAAAGAAGAGUGGCUGUUUUGGUGUCAGACUAAUUGGAUAUUUUACGACAAACCAGCCAGUAAAAUAUAUCGGUCUGAUACAAAAGGUUCUAAUGCGACGUCGAUUGUUUAUCGGAACAUGGGUAUUGUCUAUUCAUUAGCAAUUGAUUAUACAAGAUCUAGAUUAUAUUGGUCAGACACAUUCCUAAAAACUAUUGAAUCGUCGAAUUUCGAUGGCUCUAAUCGUGCGAUAUUUUUAAAAACGGAUGUUUACCAAGCUGUAAGCAUAAACAUAUACGAAAACAGUUUGUAUUGGUUGAUGGGUACAACGGGUACCUUAAAAAAGUGCAAACUAUACGAUGAUAAGUCAUGUACAAAGAUCCCUAUUGGUAACUCAAAUAUCAACAAAUACUUCUCAAUUUUGCACACAUCCAGGCAACCUACUGUGAAAAACACUUGCGAGAAUCAUGAAUGUGACUACAUGUGCGUGCUGGGUAAGAAUAAUUCAACGUGUAUUUGUCAAGAUGGCCAUUCAGAGAAUUUCAAAGGCGCUUGUGUACAAGGCACACAUACGAAAAUUAAAUUCGAUUCGAGUGUUGUUAAUCAAAGAAGCGAAAACAUUGACCACAAAAGCGGAUCAUUAAUUGGAGUAAUUAUCACACUUGUAUGUUGCAUCGUGAUCAUCGUCAUUAUAUCUGGAUAUUUUUAUUACCAAAAAGUAAAGCCGAGCUCUACCAAAAAAAAUGAUGUCACUAUUCAUUUUCAAAAUUCCACGUAUGAUCACGGAAAUAAGAUAACAACAUUCAAUUGUAUAUCAUUACCUCCAGGGGAACAUGAAUAUGUAAAUCCAGUAGUCAAUAUGACGAAGAAGCAGAAUGGAAAAUUAAUGCAAAGGAAUGGAAAGCAUACAAUGAAUAUUCUAGAUUCAGAUCAAUCAGAUGAGGAAUCUGAAGAAUCAGAAUACAAACAAAACACUCGUUUAAUACAUUAAUAUGUUAAUUAAUAUAAACGUUAAU